AUGUAUAUCAAUGCCAUCUCAUCAGAAGUCGAGGAUCUUAACGAAAGCAGGUUCACUAUCUAUUGCCAGCCCCACUUCCGCGCCGGUCGCAACCCGCUUUGUAGUCUUGCUGCCGUAGGUAAUCCAGAAACGAUGACUGAAUGCAAGACUCGAGCCAGUCAUGAUUUUGUCUUGCCAGGUGAAGAAGAAGAAAGAGUUUGGUCAUUCAAUCCUCUCAACCCGCGUGUGAUGUGUGUACUUGUACAGAGCCUCUGUACUGCCAGUCUAGAUCCAUCGCUUCCACCAAUCGCAGUCAAAGCAGUCAGUACAGGCAGUCCGCCCGUUCGUCUCGAUUUCGAUAUUGCCGCCGGCGGCGAAAACGAGCCAUGGAAGAUCAAGCUCCUGCGACCCCCAUCCACCGAUAUUUAUGCCGUGUAA